AUGGGAGUUUACGGUUUCAAAGAUGCCUGGGAGGCUACAUGCAGUUCUUCGUCAUCUUCACCAACCAUGCUUAUUCCUUCUGGUAGAACCUUUUUGUUGACACCUUCUACCUUUCAAGGCAACUGCAUGUCUGAGCAAAUUCAUGUUCAGAUAGAUGGACAAAUUAUUGCACCAGCAAAUAUCAAUCAAUGGAAGUGCCAUGAUAGUAGAAUUUGUGAAAAUUGGAUCUUGUUUUAUCAUGUCAAUGGUCUCUUCAUCCAUGGGUCGGGUUCGCUUGACGGCAGAGGCUCAAAUUGGUGGGAACAUUCCAAAUGCAACCCCAAAGAAUGUGGCCAGAAACCGACGGAAAUCAAAAUAAUACAGUCCAACAAUGUACAUAUUUCAAAUCUGAAAUUCUUAAACAGUCCUAAGAAACACAUUUUCAUUCUUGAGUCAACUUGGGCAUACAUUUCCAACGUAGAAAUAUACGCUCCUCCUGGAAGUCCAAACACAGAUGGUAUUUACGUCUCACGGUCAUCAAAUGUCUAUGUUGAACAUUCACACAUUGCAACUGGGGAUGAUUGUAUUUCAAUAGGGCCUGAUACUUCUCACAUAAACGUCAACAACAUCAAAUGUGGACCUGGUCAUGGAAUAAGUAUUGGGAGUAUAGGUAAAUAUGGAAAGAGAGAAACAGUAGAACAUGUUACGGUAGAAAAUGUUGAAUUGAGAGGAACUACAAACGGUAUUAGAAUUAAGACAUGGCAAGGAGGAAAAGGUUAUAUUAGAGAUGUACUGUUUGAAGAAAUUCAAUGCAUUGGCGCAAGGAAUCCAAUAAUCAUUGAUCAGUUCUAUUGCGAUUCUGAUAGACCUUGCAAAAAUCAGACAUCGGCGGUGAAAAUCAGCAAUGUGAGGUAUAACCAUGUAUAUGGGACUUCAAAUAAAGAAAGGGCCGUGGUUCUUGCGUGUAGUGAAACAGUUCCAUGUACUGAUAUUUCCUUAAACCACAUCGACUUGACGAGUUCCGACGACGGUAAAGCAAUAAUGUCAUAUUGUCUCAGUGCUUAUGGUGAAUCCCACUGUGAAAUAGUCCCCAAAAUCCCAUGUUUUCAUCAUUAUUAA